UUGGUUGCACGUGCAUUGAUACAGCUCACCAUCAAGUUACUCAGACAUCCGUACAGAUGAGGUCAGUGUAUCGUGUGCUUGUAUUGAUCGGCCUCGCGUUUCCUUGGCCUGUAGCGACCCACCAGACAGAUGGACCAGAACACAGACUUUACCUUGACCUAUUUGCCGGGUACACGGCCGAGGCCAGGCCGGUCAAGAAUGCCAGUCAUACGGUCAUCGUGACCUUCGCCAUGUCACUCAACCAACUGCUAGAUCUGGAUGAGAAGAACCAAGUUUUGACAACCUCAGUCUGGAUCUAUGAGGAAUGGAAGGAUGAAAUGCUACAAUGGUCACCCGACCAAUAUCAGGGCCAGAAAGCCAUCAUGAUACCUGCUGACAGUGUUUGGCUACCUGACAUUUUCAUUUUUAACACGGCGAGUGCCAAUAUGGAUGGUUUUGUCAGCGUCAACGGUAGCAAGGUGAGCGUCAAGCACGAUGGUACGGUCAGAUGGAUGGUGCCCCUGAUGGUAGCCAGUGUCUGCUCCGUGGACGUGACCUACUUCCCUUACGACCAGCAGACGUGCGUCAUCAAGUUCGGCUCCUGGGUCUACGACAUCGAACAAGUGGACAUCGUCAUCGACUCCUCGCUCCCAGACCUGGAGCAUUACGUCAUGAACAGCGAAUACGAUUUGAACAACGUCUCCAUAUCACGUGGUGUUCUCGACAGCACCUGUUGCCCUGGCAACGGCCAGCACUCCAUGGUGGAGCUAAAAAUAGAACUCCACCGGAAGUCGCUGUACUACGACUACAUCGUCAUCGCGCCGACCAUCAUGCUGUGCGUGCUGACCUUGGCCUCAUUCCUGCUGCCCUGCGACAGGGGGGAGAAGAUGGCCAUUGGCCUGACCGUCUUCUUGACCCUUUACGUGCUCCAGCUGCGGAUAGCGGACAAUGUACCAGACACAAACGCCACGCCGAUACUUGGUGUGUUUAUGCUAAUCGUCAUGACCUUCAACUGCGUGUCCCUGAUCAUGGCCACCAUUGUGAUGAACAUUAAAAAAAGGGGAGACGACUCCACGUGUCCUGACGUACCCACUUGGUUAUUCGCCCUUUGUCACUGCGCCUUCGGCAAGGUCGUGUGCACCAGUUAUUUUGGUGACGACCAAAUCUCGUGCCCGCUGGCUACACACUCCAACGGGCAGCCGAAAAACACCGGAUUACCGAAAAGCACUGAACUGCCGAAAAAUACCGCAUUAGACGCAUCCAACUCAGGAACGUCCUUAAACUCUAAAGAAAGCGACACUCAACACGCGAACAAUAAAACUAAAACCGUGCACGAAAAUUCGAAAAGUUCGAACUUGGUUUUUACAAACCAAAACAACUCAAGCAAAACGGCUAAACCGCCGCAGAAGACAUCCGAUGCUGGUCUGACCGACUCGCUCAAGCGAAGACUAUCGUCACUUCCGGAGCAACGCUGCUACGACCCACACAAGACGCCACACCCACAAAGUGAAAGCGAAAGUGAAAUGAAGCUGAGGAAAUCUACCAGCGAGACGUCAAGGGGAGAUCAGUCUGAUCAAAACCCCAGCGCCCAACCUACUCUCCAAACAGAUGAAGAUAACAUCGGGAAUGUUUAUAUCAGGAAGAGGAGGUGGUUUUACGUGGCGGAAGUAGUCGAUAAGUUUUUGUUUCUCGUGUACCUUGUGCUGCUCACAACUUCUAUAUUUACAGUUUUAUAUUUGAUCCCCAGGUAUUUCCGUAGGUAAAUCUGAUUUUUAUUUUAACAAAACUUGAUUUUAGCCUUUAGAUCAACUUACAAAUCUCUAGAGGUUACUAA